CUUUGACCUCCUCUCCUUUGGCGCCACACAAUACAAUCUGCUUACUCAUUUCCCAAAUGUUAGGCACAGAUUUGGCUUCCAAUGUUCGCCAUUUCGGAGAACGCUCUUUUUAAAAGCAACUAGCUCCACAGGGACGUCACAAUCAGAUCUCUAAGGCAGGGAAAAACAUCGACCCACCAGCGUGAGCGCUUCCAAGUACCGCGCCCCGCUAAAGAUCUCGCGGUAAUCUAACCAAGGAAACACGGAAAAGGGUUCCGAGACAGAGCCGACGGACUGCCGGCCCGUGCGUUCUCGCGAGAUUUUCCGGGAGUGGUGAGAAAAGGAGACGAUGUGUGGAGACGGAGGGGAAAAGGAAGCGCCGCUGAGGACGCAGGUCCCCGCCCUCCUUCCCGCCCUCACUUACCCACCUGAGUUGAGCUCCAGCAUGGCUUCCGGUUGGGGAGGGAGACCCACAGGCCGCCCGAAAAUGUGACUUACCUCCUCUUUCCUUCCUCGCCCGCGCAGGCGCUCGCUCGCUCGCUCCCUCGCUGGACUAUCCCGGGUGAAUUCUGAACUUGAGAGUCCUGCGUAAUGACUGUGACAUUAAGCAUCAGCUAGACCAGGCCCGAUGGGCCCUAAACGCCUGUGACAGUCGCUGUCCCCCCCUCGCCAGAUGGAUCCUCUUGCUUCAGAGUCAUGGAUCCCUGGGGAAAAAGCAGCAGAAGAUGUGUGGCACAUUGGAGAAAGAUGUCUUGUCCCUGUCACAGACAAUGGGAAGCUUUGUGAAGCAAUAGUGAAAUCCAUCAAGACAGAUGAAAAUGGAAAGUCAUUUGCACUUGUAUUAUUUUCAGGUUCACUGGAAAAGAAAGUACCUUUAAAAAAACUCCAUAAAACAACAUCUGGUAAAAGUUCUUUCAGAAGUUUUAUGUUUGAUGAUAUUGACUUGGAAAAGCCUUAUUUCCCAGACCAAAAACUUCCAUCACCGGCUGUUUCAUUUAAGUUAUCUGAAGAUGGUGAUUAUAUUCCAUAUACAAUUAAUAGAUAUUUGCGUGACUACCAAAGGGAAGGAGUCCAAUUUCUAUAUAGACACUAUUCCUUGGGAAGAGGAUGUAUUCUUGGUGAUGACAUGGGACUUGGAAAAACAGUACAGGUAAUUUCAUUUCUGGCUGCAGUACUGCAUAAAAAGGGUACACGAGAAGAUAUUGAAAAUAACAUGCCAGAGUUUUUGUUAAAGAAUAUGAAAAAAGAAUCUUCUACUUGUGCUCCAAAGAAGAUUUUUCUGAUAGUGGCUCCUCUUUCUGUGCUCUAUAACUGGAGAGAUGAAUUGAACACCUGGGGAUAUUUCAGAGUCACUAUUUUACAUGGUAAUAAAAAAGACAACGAGCUAAUUCGAGUCAAGCAGGGAAAAUGUGAAAUUGCUCUAACAACUUAUGAAACCCUUCGCUUGGGCUUAGAUGAGCUGAACAGAAUAGAAUGGUCUGCUGUCAUUGUGGAUGAAGCCCAUAGAAUCAAAAAUCCCAAGGCUCGAGUUACAGAAGUUAUGAAAGCUUUAAAGUGUAACAUCCGUAUAGGCCUUACUGGUACCAUUCUUCAAAAUAACAUGAAAGAACUUUGGUGUGUUAUGGACUGGGCUGUGCCAGGACUUUUAGGUAGCAUGACUUACUUCAAGAAGCAGUUUUCUGAUCCAGUGGAGCAUGGACAGAGACAUACUGCGACCAAAAGAGAGCUAGCUACUGGCCGAAAGGCCAUGCAGAGACUAGCAAGAAAGAUGUCUGGCUGGUUCCUGAGGCGUACUAAAACUCUGAUCAGUGAUCAGUUGCCUAAGAAGGAAGACAGAAUAGUUUACUGUUCUCUGACAGAAUUCCAGAAGGCUGUUUAUCAAACUGUUUUAGAGACAGAAGAUGUGACCUUGAUACUUAGAGCUCGAGAACCCUGUACAUGCAACAGUGGCCGUAGAAGAAAAAAUUGUUGUUACAAAACCAAUUCAUAUGGUGAAACAGUGAAAGCCCUAUAUUUCAGUUAUCUUGCAAUCCUGCAGAAGGUAUCUAAUCAUGCUGCACUGCUACAGAUCAAUAGCAACACCAGUAAACAGCAGGAAACACAUCUCAAAAGGAUAUGCAAUCAAGUUUUUUCAAAAUUCAAAGAUUUCAUGCAGAAGAGUAAAGAUGCAGCCUUUGAAACUAUUUCUGAUCCAAAAUACAGUGGCAAAAUGAAGGUUCUUCAGCAGCUUUUAAAUCAUUGCAAAAAAGCCAGGGACAAAGUUCUUCUUUUUUCCUUUUCUACCAAGUUGCUAAAUGUUCUGGAGCAAUAUUGUAUGGCCACUGGGCUAGAUUACAGAAGACUUGAUGGAAGUACCAAGUCAGAGGAAAGAGUUAAGAUAGUAAAAGAAUUCAACAGCACACAAGAUGUUAAUAUUUGCCUUGUCUCUACAAUGGCUGGUGGUCUUGGCCUCAAUUUUAUUGGUGCUAAUGUUGUUGUAAUCUUUGACCCUACUUGGAAUCCAGCUAAUGAUCUUCAAGCCAUUGACAGAGCAUAUAGGAUUGGGCAAUGCCGGGAUGUGAAAGUAUUUAGACUGAUAUCCUUAGGAACUGUGGAAGAGAUCAUGUAUUUACGUCAAGUAUAUAAGCAGCAACUGCACUGUGUAGUGGUUGGGAGUGAAAAUGCCAAGCGGUAUUUUGAAGCAGUUCAAGGAUCAAAAGAACAUCAAGGAGAACUUUUUGGGAUCCACAACCUCUUCAGACUAAGAUCUCAAGGCUCCUGUCUUACAAGGGAUAUCUUGGAGAGGGAAGGCCAAGUGGAAGCAGGGGUCAUGACAGCCACUACAUGGUUGAAAGAAGGACCUCCAGCACACAAAUUAGAAAUGAGUGCAGAUCCUGAAUGUCAAGAAAAUAAAAAACGACAAUCUGAGGAAGUAGUAGAAAAAGAAGUAUCUGAUCUCUACUGUGACUUCAGUGAUGAGGAAUCCAUGGAAAGCUCAAGAACAAAAAUUGCUAAAAACAAAAUUUCUGAUAAAAGUAACACUGCAAUUUCUCUAGGACAGCUUACUUUACUUCAAUGUGGUUUUUCCAGGUUUUUUGAGGGGAAAGCUGGUUUGUUUGAAGAAAGUGAUGAAAAUGUUGAUUCUAAUGAUGAAAGUUCUGAUGAUCAAUCUUUGCAUUAUCUAGAAGAAGGAAAAGAUAAUAGAGUCAGUAACUGCCAGAAGAGUCAGAGCCAAGGAAAUAUUUUAUUGCAUCAGAAAACAACUAGCAACCUAAAGCAUAAAGAUAAAUUUAAAUGUCAAAGGAGGACAGAAACUCUAAAACUCAGUGUUUCUUCUGAUUCUGAGAAUAAAAGGGACUUAAAAAAUAAAGAUGAACAGUCCUGUCCUUCCUCUAAGACCACAGAAGCAGAAGAUAGUUCAGAUGCUAGUGAUAUCAUCUUUCCAACACAAUUUAGAACUGAAAGAUUGUUUUUCCCUAAGAAUGAUGAACAAGUCUUUGAUGUAUCUGAAAAUUCCAAAACAGAAAAUCCCUUUAAAAGGACCACCAGUGUUGAUCAUUGGUCAGGUUCCAAGAAAUCUGACUUUAAUGUAAAUUAUUCAGCUGUUAAUAAGAUAAACCACCCAGAGAAUAUUGUCCAAAAAUUUCUAAAGGAAAGGAAAAGUGUAAGCGAUAUUAGUGAUGAAUCAGAUGAUAUUGAGAUAUCCUCAGAAUCAAGGAUAAAAAAGAGAAUAAUUAGCUCUGUUAAGUUUAAACCCAAAAAAGGAAACAAAAUGAGCCUUCACGAUAAGCUGGAAACAAGCCAGCUAUAUUCAGCAAAUCUAGAUGGUGACUCUCAGAAUAUAAAUGAUUUUUCAUCUUCAGAUGAUGAUUCAGCAGCUAGUAAAAUCACUUUCUCCAAAAAAAGUCAUAGGCAAAAAAACAAGAAAUGCAGGCUUUCUUUUACAACAGAAUCUCCUGACUAUAAUAAAAAAAAUACCAAUUUUCCCAAAAUACUUUCAAAUGAAGAUAGUGACAUUAUUCAAGAACAGAAAGGCGAAUCCAUGGAUAACAUUUUAGAUGGUGUUCAAGAAGUGGCUUUUAUCCAUUCCAACCAGAAUGUGAUUGGAUCAAGCAAAGCAGAAAAUCAUAUGAGCCGAUGGGCUACACGUGAUGUGUUUGAAUUGAAACAGUUUUCACAGCUCCCUGCUAACAUAGCAGUAUGCAGCACUAAGACAUAUGAAAGGAAAAAGAAAGAUCCAUACACCAAGAUUCUUAACAAAGGACAGCAGCCAAGUGAAGAAAACCACUUGCUUCCCCUUUACAUUACAAAUCCUGUGAUUUAUAAAAAGAAGGAAGUUUACCACACAGACCAAAUCACCUUUAUAAUGGGAGAAACUCCAAAAGGAAUCCGAAGGAAACAGUUUGAAGAAAUGGCUUCCUUCUUCAGUUCAUCUUCUAUGGAAGAAUUUGCUGGACAUAUAACAAGUGCCACAUCAGAAGAACGCCAGAAAAUGCUAAGAGAUUUCUAUACUUCUAGAUAUCCAGAAGCAAAAGAAUUUUUUGCAGAUAUUGAUUCAGAAUUGAUUAAAUCUGACUAUGAAAAAAGAGAAAAUAUUACUAAAUCGAGAAAGAAAAAAUCCCUGGUGAAAGAAAAUUUGUCAGAUUCUGAUCCUUUAGCAAUUAAAGUUUCUACAAGUAGGACUACACAAAUUUGCAAUCCAAAAAGGCAUAAAGAAAAAGUAAUUGAGUUUCAAAAUAAUGAUUCCUGUGGUGAAGUUUUGUCUAAUAAUGCAAAACCUAAAGAACAACCCGGUAGUUUUACCCAAGAAAUUGUCAAUGGGAAAAAGAGCCAAGCAUUCAAAGAUACUUCAGUAUCCAAUUCCUUGAACAGUAAAUCUGAAACUUGUAAGAGAAUGUUAGUAAAUACUAUUAAGGACCAACAGGACUUUACAAGAACAGACUGUUCAAGAAGCGAACCUCUUUUGAAAUCUGAAAACAAAAAAAUAGAAAACCAAACUUUAGAAGACAACACUGUGGUAGACUUACUUGGUGACACUUCUAUUCUUGAUGACCUGUUUAAAAGUCACGGGAACAAUCCUACACAGUUGCCAAGGAAAGCUCUUUCAAAGCCCAUGGAAAAAGCAAAGCAGCGGCCAAGGGAUUUCUGGGACAUACUGAAUGAGCAGAAUGAUGACAGUCUUAGUAAAUUCACCGACUUGGCAGUAAUAGAGAUGUUGUGUGAAAAAGUACCCCUUGCUACAUCCACUAAAAGAAAUGAAGGGCUUGAAAUGUCUCUUUGGAAGUCAAAUGAGAAAUUUUUAUGGAAAAAAAAUGAAUCAGAUGAUUCACAUGAAAGUGCACCUAGCAAAUAGUGUGAUGCCUAGAAAUACAAGUGAAUCACAAAGCCAGUAGAGGUUAGCUAUAAAUAUUUGUGUUGGGAGGAAAUACUAAAUGUGAUGAAUUGAAUUUAUUUCUGAAAAAUAUAUUUAAUUCAACUCUAUCCUUGAGUUUUAUUUUUCUUCUUGGGGAUUAAACAUUUUAUGGGAAUACAUUGGUAAAAACUUGAUAUUUUUAAGUGUACUAUCUCAUUGGGCAAUAGGCUUUCUGUUAUAAAGACCCUUGCCUAAAAGAAAAAAGGGAGGGAAAAUAUAAUAGGAACUAGCACCUCACUAGUCAUCAAAAAGCCCAGGCUCUACUUCUAGAUAUUUACCAUGAGCUUAAAAAAGUCUCUCCAUCUCUUUAAAGCCCACUGGAGCUAAGCUGUCUUGAUGAGUGAGUAAGUAAAUGCAUACUCGCCUAGCCUAUUGUAUCCAAUUGUCCUCAGAUCAAACCAUGAUUCACAUAUCAUGCCCUUUUUAAUCUAGACCUUCUGUUCCUUUUGCUGUCCAUACUAUUCUCCCUGAUGCUGCUUUCUAUCUCUUGCUCUGAAAAGUUUAAUCACAUCACCACUACUAUUGUUUGAGGUAAGGAGAAAUCAGGCAAAUGCCCUAUGGAUUAACUCUAUCUUUUUUGACUCUCCGGACUAACAAUCUUCCCUAGCAGCCAUUCCUCAAUAUAUAUUGUUUCCUUCCAUUAAAAUAUAAGCUCCUUGAAGGAACCUCAUUUUUUCCUAAUAUUUCCCAGUGGUUAUUAAUACAGUGUCCAAUACAUAGUAAACAGUUAAUAGCUGCUUUUUCAUUUAUCGAUUAUCUAUCAAAUAAAUAGGAUUGAACUCAUUUGUCCAUCUUCAGAAUUCUUAAUCUUUACUAUUUAUCAAAUCAGUAUCAUAUUAUCUCCUUUUCCCCCUCUUUUAAACUCCAAGAAUAUAGUAACUCAUUUUUCUCACUGUACUUAGGAAAACCUUAAUUCAUUAUUUUUUUUAACAACUUCAUUAUUGUGGAGCACUAACAUUUUUAGUAUGAUGAUAUUGUGAUGACUCUGAUUUCAUCCAUACCUUUUCAUCUUGUAUUUACACUUUGUCUAUGUCCUCCCAUAAAUCCUUCAGAGGGUAUCUAUUUAACAUACUAAGUAUCUUCCUCUAAAUCUUUCCAUUGCAAUGAAGCACAGUGAUCAUACCAUUUCUCACUCUCUGUUCACACUAUAUGAAUAUUCCAUUUCUUUUUACCAGUUAAGCAUUUCUUCAGUAAUAUAUUUUAUAUUAUUUAUCCUUUGUAGUUUUUCACUGGUAAUAAGUUUUAGUCUAUUCUUGCCAACUUGUACCUGAUCAUUGCCUUUUGAAAAAUCUAUAACUUUAAUUCUUGGGAGAAUUGUAGACCUGGCUUCAUCCUGAUGUAACAUCACUGAAAAAUAGGUCUUUUUUUUUUUAAGGAAAAGAAGCAACUUAAGGUCAUUUCUCCUCCUCCUCCUAAUUCAAUUGUUGUUUUCCCCAUUUAUUGUCUUUUUAUAGGGAUUGUCCAAGAUAUUGUAUUUGUACAAAUAUUAUAUAUAUAUAUGUAUAUAUAUAUUUAUAUUUAUAUUUAUGUGUGUAGGUAUGUACUUUUGUAUAUGUGUAUUGUGUAUGUCUCUUCUCAAAGCCAUAUGGAUCAUCCAUUUAACUAUGUGUUUGCUCUAUAUCCAAGUGUUUUUGCUAUGUGGAUGAUUAGGCUGAACACUUUUGUUCAAUUUUGAUCAAUUUUUAACUAAUUUAGAAAACUACCUAUGUUCUCAGCAUUUGCCCCAUGAAUAGGAACACACUACCUCCCAAAGCAUCCCACUUUACUUUUGAAUAGCUAUAGUUUUAAAGAAAAUUUUCUCUGCUUCUAAAAAUGUCUCUUUGAAACAAGUAACAUUCUGGACCCAAGCACAGAAAGUUUUUUCCUCUUUCAAAUAACAUCCCGUUAGCUAAUUGAAAGUAGCUAUCAUGUAGUUGUCUAUAAUAUACUAAAUAUCCAUCCCCUUUAGACAGUCCCUUUAGACAGUUUUUCACAUCUACAUGAGGCCCUUCACUAUCUUUCUUGCUCUCUGGAUGCUCUUCAGCUUACCAGUAUCCUUCUUAACAUGUGACACCUUUAACUGAAAACAAAUGGAGUCCAAUUAGGGUAGAGUUGACCAGAAUGAUCAUCUAUUCUUAGACCUUGUCCCUUAAUGGAAUCCAAGAUUCAAUAGCUUUCUUAGCUUUCAUCUCCCACUGUUGACUCCUUUAGUAUAAAGUUCUCCAAAAAAAAAAAAAAAAACAAGCCUGUUUUUCAGACUAAAUUAUAUCUAGAUGGACAAAUUAAGCAUUUAAUUAAAUUGUGAACAGUUCUUGAGGAACUGUCUUUUGCCUUUUUUUGGGGGGGGGGUAUCCCCAGCACUUAGCAAAUGCCUAGCUGGUAGUGGCUGCUUAAUAAAUGCUUAUUGACUGACUGCUCCAUUAUUAUAUGGUAGAAAUUGUGCUAAGCACUGAUGACAUAGAUACUAGCAAGCAAGAUGGCCCUUUCCUUCAAGCAGUCUUCAUUCUCAUAGUAGAAGACAACACAGAAGAGGAGCUGGAAAUCAGGGAGGUGGUUUGGUUUGGAUUUGAUCAAGAAGGGAAUCAUCAAUUUAUCUAUCAGAGUCCAUGAAAUUUCUUGUUGGGAAGUGGUAAGGAUGGUAGCUGGAGAAUAGAUAAUGUGGUUUAUAUAGCCAUUUCUAUGUCUUGCACUCCUGAAGUCAAUUUUCUGAACUUCAUUGUAGACUUAGAUUUUUCCCUCUGCCAGAGCUCUUUCCAAGUGAAGAUUAAACUAUUUAGGGACUGCACUUUGUUUCAUAUUUUAAAAAAACCCUAAUCUACCUCAUUCUAUUAUUGCUAGCUCACAUUUUCUCUCUUUCCAUAAUAGUAUCAGUAGAAUUUUUGUAAAGUGUUAUAUUGAGAUCCUUUAGUCUAGUGAUUCUGCUAAAAAGGAGAGAGGAAGAUUAUUCUGGUGUGAUUUAUACAUAAUAAAACCAUAAUGGCUUUUCAUGAUCCCCUCCUCACAUAUUAACCAGCUGUGAUUUUAAUAAUAUAUUCUGAUAAUAAUGAUAAUGAUAUAUUAUAAAAAUUUUUCCAGUAAUCAAUCAGAUUCACUGACCUGAUUUGCAGAUUCCAUUCUCUUCUCUGAUUUCUCUUAGCGAUAAACAAUGGCAUACUGAAAAGAAUGUUUUGUAUUUCAAGGCCAGAACACUGGGGUUCUAAGCCUGACUCUGACAUUUAUGAUUAAAAUGACUAUAAGUCACUCUCCAAACCUCAGUUUUGUCUUCUGUAAAAUAGGAAUAAUAAUACCACCUCAGAGAAUAGUUAAAUCAAAUCAAAAAGCAUUUGUCAAGUACUUACUCAAUGCCAGGAAAGUGCUAAGUGCUGGAAAUACAAAUAAAAGUAAAAAGAAAAACAACUAAAGAAAGACAAUACCCUGCCUUCAAGGGGAUUAUAUUCUAAAAUGAAGACUACUCAGAAACUCAAGGAGGAUUGGGGUGGAGGUCAGGGGGAAGAAGAGAAGAGAAGCAUGGUAAAAAUUCCUGAGAAUCAAAAGUAGAACGAGAGAGCGAACUAUGGUUCACUUGGAAUUUACCAGGCAUUUCCUCAAAUGGAGGUUUCAGUAAGGAGCUCAUCAAUGAAAAGAGGGGGAUGACCUCAAGAGAAGAGGCAUUUGCAGGAUGAAAAUGCUUUCAGGGCAGAGGUGGUAAAGUCUAGAGGGUCAAUAAUUAUGUAUAACACUUCUGAGACAUUGCUGUAAUACAAAUCUAAAGGCUUGAUGUUAAUCAUCUCUAUUUACUUCAAUGUGAAGUGUGACUACAUAGUGCUUAUGAAAAUCAGUCUCAUUGCUUUGUAGUACUUCUAUAUAUGAGAAUUAAAUAACACAGUGAAA